CUAAUUAAAGGAACGAAGCUAACAAAGUUUGUUGCUACGAGCAUCCAGAUGAUCCUCUGAUAGAAGAUUACCGCGCUGGUGAUAUGAUAUGUUCUAAAUGCGGACUUGUAGUCGGUGACAGAGUAAUUGAUGUUGGUUCCGAAUGGAGGACAUUCAGUAACGAAAAAUCGGGCGUAGAUCCAUCUCGUGUUGGUGGUCCCGAAAAUCCUCUGCUCAGUGGUUCAGAUUUAUCAACAAUGAUCGGUCCUGGAACGGGUGCCGCUUCAUUUGAUGCAUUCGGAUCUCCACGUUAUCAAAACAGACGCUCUAUUAGCAGCUCCGAUCGCGCACUAAUAAACGCCUUCCGUGAGAUAAACGGUAUGGCGGACCGAAUAAACCUUCAGAAGGUGAUAGUGGAUCGCGCGGAGACUCUCUUCAAGCAAGUCCACGACGGAAAGAACCUGAAAGGUCGCUCAAACGAUGCGAUCGCCUCUGCCUGCUUGUACAUCGCGUGUCGGCAAGCCGGCGUGCCGCGAACCUUCAAAGAAAUUUGUGCCGUGAGCAAAAUAAGCAAGAAGGAAAUCGGCAGAUGCUUCAAGCUCAUCCUCAAGGCGCUGGAGACCAGUGUCGAUCUGAUUACCACUGGGGACUUUAUGUCGCGAUUUUGCGCGAAUCUCCAGUUGCCGAACUCGGUUCAGAAAGCCGCGACGUACAUCGCCAAGAAAGCCGUCGAGCUCGACAUUGUUCCCGGUAGAUCUCCGAUCUCAGUCGCUGCCGCUGCCAUCUAUAUGGCUUCCCAAGCUUCGGAAGACAAGAAAUCCCAAAAAGAGAUCGGCGAUAUCGCGGGAGUCGCUGAUGUUACCAUCAGACAAUCUUACAAACUAAUGUAUCCAUAUGCGGCAAAACUCUUCCCCGAAGAUUUCAAAUUUGUGACGCCUAUCGAUCAGUUACCCCAGAUGUAG